CAAACACACAUGGGGCCAGUCUAAACAGGAGUGCUCUAACUGAAGCAUGCAGCUGUUUAUUUUAAUAACCCUGUUUGGGCUCAGCCUCACACAACACAACCCCCAUUUUAAGCAUAGAAGGACAACAAUUGUCCACCUGUUUGAGUGGCGCUGGUCUGACAUUGCUGGCGAGUGUGAACGUUUCCUAGCUCCAAAAGGGUUUGGUGGUGUCCAGAUUUCUCCUCCAAACGAACACAUUGUUCUGGACCAGCCAUGGCAGCCAUGGUGGCAAAGAUACCAACCAAUCAGCUACAAUUUAUGCUCCAGAUCAGGCAGUGAGGAGGAAUUUAAAGACAUGAUCAUCAGAUGCAACAAUGUUGGGGUUAAUAUUUAUGUGGAUGCUGUCAUCAACCACAUGUGUGGAAGUGGUGGUGGAGAGGGAAACCACUCCUCAUGUGGAAGCUGGUUCAGUGCUGGCAAAAAGGAUUUUCCAAGCGUCCCGUACUCUGCUUGGGACUUCAAUGUGAACAAAUGCCGAACGAGCAGCGGUGACAUUGAAAACUAUGGAGACAUUUUUCAGGUACGAGACUGCCGUCUGGUCAGUCUUUUGGACCUUAAUUUGGAGAAAGACUACGUCAGAGGCAAAGUGGCUGAGUACAUGAACAAGCUAAUUGAUUUAGGUGUAGCUGGAUUCCGAGUGGAUGCCUGCAAGCACAUGUGGCCAGGUGACCUGGAAAAUGUUUACGGUCGUCUUCAGAACCUCAACACAACGUGGUUUCCCAGGGAUUCCAAACCUUUCAUCUUUCAGGAGGUUAUUGAUUUGGGAGGUGAGGCCAUCUCUUACACUGAAUAUGUCCACCUGGGCAGAGUGACAGAGUUCAAAUAUGGUGCAAAAUUAGGAAAAGUCUUUAGAAAGUGGGAUAAAGAGAAACUGUUUUACACAAGGACCUGGGGGGAAGGGUGGAGCUUCAUGUCUCAUGGCAAUGCUGUUGUCUUUGUUGAUAACCACGAUAACCAGAGAGGUCAUGGGGCAGGUGGCUCAUCCAUCAUAACUUUCUGGGACUCCAGACUCUACAAGAUGGCAGUUGGGUACAUGCUUGCUCACCCCUAUGGAGUGACCAGGGUUAUGUCUAGCUACCGUUGGAACAGAAACUUUGUGAAUGGAAAAGAUCAGAAUGAUUGGAUGGGCCCUCCAAGCAACACUAAUGGAUCGACCAAGUCUGUUUCUGUUAACCCAGAUCAGACAUGUGGAGACGGAUGGGUGUGUGAGCACAGAUGGCGUCAGAUCACAAAUAUGGUGAUUUUCCGUAAUGUGGUCAAUGGACAGCCUCAAACCAACUGGUGGGAUAACCAGAGCAACCAGGUUGCCUUUGGACGUGGUGAUCGUGGUUUUAUAGUUUUUAACAAUGAUGACUGGACCCUUAAUGUAACCCUUAACACUGGUAUGUCAAGUGGCACAUACUGUGAUGUCAUUUCUGGUCAGAAGGAAGGCAAUAACUGCACUGGAAAGCAGAUUAUUGUUAGUGAUGACGGGCACGCCCACUUCAAGAUUAGCAACUUAGACGAGGACCCCUUUGUUGCUAUUCAUGCUGAAUCCAAGAUUUGACAUGUAAUGUCAGUAUUUAAUCAUUUUAUAUUUACAGACCUAUCUCCCACAGCAAUAUUCCUGAGUGGCACAAAUUUAUUUGCUUUAUUUCUGAAUGCAAAUGUUCAAUAAAAAAGUGAAAACAAAAAAAUAACAGUCCAUACGUCUCACUCAAACCUCAAAACCAAUGACGUUCAAGCACAUGCAAGGUCCUAUAAAAUGUGUUAGAUAUUAUCAAAGCCACAUACAGUUACAAAGUCAUCUUUCUAUCACCUGAAGAAUAUUUCCUGGAUUAGAGGAUUCAGUUAAACCAGGAACAUAUAGCACAUCACCCCAAUUCUUAAAUUCUCACAAGACCCCUGGAGCUCAGAGAAUCAACUUGAAAAUAUUGUAUUUAUGAAUUUAUAAAUCACUGAACAGCUUAUCACCAUCAUUUAUUAAAGAUCUACUGUUGUAUCAAACUUCCAAACCACAUAGGUCUUCUAAAUCUAGUCUGCCCUGCAUCCACAGAACCAGAGCUGAACAUGGAGAAGCAGCAUUCAGCUUCUAUGCACCCCAAAUAUAGAACAAACUUCCAGAAAACUGCAAACCAGCCAAAACACUGAGUUCCUUUAAAACUAGCCUAAAAACCUGCCUGUGUAGCAUUGCUUUUAAGCCAUAAUAAAUGAAACACUGACUAAUUCUAGCAAUCCCAUUGCUAGAGGCUAAAAUAAAAUAAGCUUAUUUUAAUUUAUGUGUUUAUAAAGUGCUUUCUACUGUGAGUUUGUUCUAACUUUCUAAAAAAAAAAGCAACAUGUCCAAUGCAAAUAAACUGUACUUUUUGCAAAAACAAUGCAUCUUCAAAUAUAGUCACAAAGCUAACACUAUAUGGUAAUCAGUAUCAUAUGCAAUAGUAUAGUGACUGCUACCACUUCACUCACUUGUAAGUGACAAUUGGUUGAACCAGUAUGUCCAACUUUUCAGCUCAGUGUACUGCCACAUUCAUUUGCACCAAAGCUUUUCUCAGUGUUACAGUAAAUAUUACAUAUUGAUGUUUUUGUUACUCUCAGUGCAAAUAAACAUUUGUAUGAAUAAAAAGAUUAUGGCUGUGUCCUGCACCUCAAUCUCAGAACACAAAAGAGAUUUACGUUGGAGUCCCUGCCAAUACCUGGGGCGUCUCAGAAUGCAUCAUAUGGGGGAGCAACAGUCUCUUGGUGUGGUACAGUUUGUGUGAGUUCAGUCUUCUUUUCUGCAUUUGGUUGCAGCGCGUUGCAAACAUUUGACCAAUCUCACCAGCUGUGCACCUCCAUCACUCCAUCAAAUCCACCCACACAAAAGCAAACACUUGUUUCUCUGAAUAUGCUUAACCACUCAGACACCCACUCACGGACAAAUAGUCCAAAUAGUUGAAGGUCAUGCAAACACAGUUAACUUUUACUUAAAAUUUUGCAUGCAAUAAUAGAAAAAAAUGUGGCAGUGUAUUAGUGGGAUAGUAUUG